UCCCUGCUCCGAGGGGCGGGAAGACCCCGCCAACCCCGCAGGCGGCCCCGCGGGGGAGCUGGUGGGCCGAGUGCAGGGGACGCAGCUCCCAGAGUCCGGGUUCCUUCUGCACCUUUUGGAGCUCAGGUUCCUCAUUUCAAAGUUGCAAGGUCCGUUAUCGCACUCUGGCAGGUCCUGUGCUAGACACUGCCGCUAAGGUUGGCCCAGCCCCAUAGGAGGCAGGCAGGUUUUGAUUAGCAGAGAGCCGUUCCCACGGCGGGGCCUCCACUUGGAGCCGUGAACUCCACCCCGUCUCCCUGCCCGGUGGGCUUCAGAGCCAUGGCAACCGAGGAGAAGAAGCCGGAGACCGAGGCCGCCAGAGCACAGCCCACCCCAUCAUCAUCGGCCACGCAGAGCAAGCCUACACCUGUGAAACCCAACUACGCUCUAAAAUUCACCCUGGCUGGCCACACGAAAGCUGUGUCCUCCGUGAAGUUCAGCCCGAAUGGGGAGUGGCUGGCGAGUUCGUCUGCAGAUAAGCUCAUUAAGAUUUGGGGAGCUUAUGAUGGGAAAUUUGAGAAAACCAUCUCUGGUCACAAGCUGGGAAUAUCGGAUGUGGCCUGGUCGUCAGAUUCCAACCUCCUUGUUUCUGCCUCAGAUGACAAAACCCUGAAGAUCUGGGACGUGAGCUCGGGGAAGUGUCUGAAAACCCUGAAGGGACACAGUAAUUACGUCUUUUGCUGUAACUUCAACCCCCAGUCGAACCUCAUCGUCUCAGGCUCGUUUGACGAGAGCGUGAGGAUAUGGGAUGUGAAGACGGGCAAGUGCCUCAAGACUUUGCCAGCACAUUCGGACCCGGUCUCAGCUGUUCACUUUAACCGUGACGGAUCCUUGAUUGUCUCCAGUAGUUACGAUGGGCUCUGUCGGAUCUGGGACACCGCCUCGGGCCAGUGCUUGAAGACGCUGAUCGAUGACGACAACCCUCCCGUGUCCUUCGUGAAGUUCUCUCCGAAUGGCAAGUACAUCCUGGCCGCGACCUUGGACAACACGCUGAAGCUCUGGGACUACAGCAAAGGGAAGUGUCUGAAGACAUACACGGGCCACAAGAAUGAGAAGUACUGCAUAUUCGCUAAUUUCUCUGUCACUGGCGGGAAGUGGAUCGUGUCGGGUUCGGAGGACAACCUGGUGUACAUUUGGAACCUGCAGACGAAGGAGAUUGUGCAGAAGUUACAGGGCCACACAGAUGUGGUCAUCUCGACGGCGUGCCACCCGACGGAGAACAUCAUCGCCUCGGCCGCGCUGGAAAACGACAAGACCAUCAAGCUGUGGAAGAGCGACUGCUAGGCAGGGGGGCGGGGCCUGGCCGGGGGCGGGGCCUGGCUGGGGCGGGGCGGGGCCGGGCCCGGGCUGGGGUGGCGUGGUGCGGUCCCCGGGCUCCCCUCGUCCAGGCGUCCAGGCGUGGGGACCCGGCAGCCCUGGCCUGAGCCGCCUCUGAAGAGGACUUGGCGGAGGGGCGUGUCCGCCACCAGCAGGUUCCCCGAGUGGCUGGUGGCGUUUCUUGCCAGUUCCUCUCGCGCCGUCUGCGAAGCGUUCCUAGUCUGUAUUGUGUUCAGAGUCGACAAAAGUUUUUAAUUUUUUAUUACAAAAAGGUGACGUUCAA